AUGGCGACGAGAAAAUCAUCAUCAACAACAACAACAACAGUGCUGUUCGAAGAUAUGUUGCCAUUAAUGGCGAAUAAGCUUGGAGGAGAAGGUCUAAUAAAGGAACUUUGCAAUGGGUUUCGUCUUUUAAUGGAUAAAGACAGAAAAGUUAUUACAUUUGACAGCUUGAAGAGAAACUCUGCCGCUGUUCUUGGCUUGAACGAUCUUCUGGACGACGAGUUAAUGAGCAUGAUGAGAGAAGGAGACAUUGAUGGUGAUGGUACUCUAUCGGAGAUGGAGUUUUGUGUUUUGAUGUUUAGACUUAGUCCUGAGUUGAUGGUUCAGUCUCAAAAUUGGCUCCAUGAUAGCUCCUCUUAA